AUGCGCUGUGUGGGUUUCUACCUCGCUCUGCUGGCCAUUACAUCAAGCGGCAGCGAGAUAUGCCCCGAGAACACAGAACAAACCGAUGAACUGCGGAAAAAAUUCCUGGACCUUCACAAUGACUUCAGAUCGAAACUAGCCAAAGGCCUAGUGAAAAAUAAACUUCUAUAUAACGAAACGGCACUUCAGGCUUCGGCAAUGCGGAAGCUGAAAUAUGACUGCGUCGCAGAACGAGAUGCUCUGCAUGUCGCCAAGAAAUGUAUGAAUAUUCGUACUCCUUGUAAAUGGUUACAUGGAUACGGCGAGAACAUUGCAAGGGUUAUGGGAAGCGACCUUAAUCAACAAUUCGCUGCAGAAAGGGCUGUAACAAAAUGGUGGGAAGAAUUUACUCGUCACGGGAAUCAUUGGGACAACGUCUACACCACAGAACUUCACGAGAAUGGUUCCCUCGAGCAUUACGCCCAAAUCGCUUGGUCACGAACUACACACAUUGGUUGCGCCGUUCAGGACUGCAGUAGUAGUUCAAUGGUGGUUUGUCGUUACAAGCCUACUGGGAAACGGCUUAACGACGUGAUAUACGAAGUCGGUGACACAUGUUCAGCAUGUCCUCGCGGUACGAUAUGUGAACAACAAACAGGACUUUGUGUCUGA